CGCCCCACGUGACCCUCUCUCUGUCUCAAGCAGCCAUCAUGGACGCUAGCCGUGUGCAGCCCAUCAAGCUUGCUCGAGUGACCAAAGUUCUGGGAAGAACGGGUUCCCAGGGACAGUGUACCCAGGUGCGAGUUGAAUUCAUGGACGAUAGCAACCGAUCCAUCAUCCGGAACGUGAAGGGCCCAGUAAGAGAGGGAGACGUUCUCACCCUGCUGGAGUCGGAACGAGAAGCCAGGAGGCUGCGCUAGGAGUUCCCUGUUCCAAUAGAAGACAUGCCUGCAUUGAAAAUCCUUUUGUGAAGAGGGCACUGCAUAUUCAUCUGCAAUGUGAUCUGUGUACAGUUUGACAAUAAAAGAAGGAUAAAAUA